UGACACCAGAACUCUUUGCAACCUUGCCGAAGUACAGCUCCCAGGAUUCCAUAGCACUGAGCCGAGCCGAUCUGAACUAAUCCUAAAGCGAUGCACCCAAGACUGGCGCCAAAAACGAUUGGCAGUUUCCCCCAGUCAAAAAUAUUGGGGGAAACACAGUGGAUUUUGUUGUGCAAUGGCGAACAGUCCCAGAGAUCUGGAGUCCUGAGUGCCGCGACUGUUUUGGGGAGACGCCUCUGACUUCCGCCUCGGAAGGAAGGGGGGAAACGGCAUCCAAUGGCCGAGGUUGGCGCCCGUCCUUCUCCUCCUCCCCCGGGCGGCCUCCCGCGGCUCCUCCUCCCUCUCGACCGGGUUCCUCCCUUCCUUCCUCCUUUCCUUCCUCCGUCAGCCAUGACGCGCAGCCGCCAAGAGACCCUGGCCCUCCGGAAGCAGCUCAUUGGAUCCUCCUGUAGGCUUUUUUUCCCAGAAGACCCGGUAAAGAUUGUGCAGGCAACGAACCAAUAUAUGUAUGAUGAACAUGGAAAUGAAUACCUUGACUGCAUCAACAACGUUGCUCAUGUGGGACACUGCCACCCAGAGGUGGUCAAAGCAGCACAUCAACAAAAUCUGCUGCUAAAUACAAAUUCUCGUUAUCUCCAUGACAAUUUGGUGGAUUAUGCGCAAAGACUUUCUAAGACAUUGCCUGAAAAGCUGUGUAUGUUCUAUUUUUUGAAUUCGGGAUCGGAAGCCAAUGAUCUUGCUCUGAGGCUAGCACGGCAGUAUACAAAGCAUGAAGACAUCAUGGUUGUUGAACAUGCUUAUCAUGGACAUUUGACAUCUUUGAUUGACAUAAGUCCAUAUAAAUUCAGAAACCUCGGAGGCCAAAAGGAAUGGGUCCAUGUGGCUCCUCUUCCAGACACAUACCGAGGAAUAUAUAGAGAGGACCAUGCAGAUCCAGCCUUGGCAUACGCUAAUGAAGCGAAAACAAUAAUUGACCAAGCACAUGAAAGAGGCAGAAAGUUUGCUGCAUUUUUUAUGGAAUCUUUACCAAGUGUUGCUGGACAAAUCAUUCCACCAUUUGGAUAUUUCCAGAAAGUUGCAGAACACAUACACAAAGCAGGUGGUGUAUUUGUUGCUGAUGAAAUUCAAGUUGGCUUUGGCAGGGUUGGAAAACAUUUUUGGGCAUUUCAACUCCAAGGAGAGGAUUUUAUUCCUGAUAUUGUUACAAUGGGGAAACCAAUUGGUAAUGGACAUCCUGUUGCUUGUGUAGCAACAACAAAAGAAAUUGCAGGGGCAUUUUCAUCAACAGGAGUAGAAUAUUUUAACACAUUUGGGGGAAAUCCUGUGUCCUGUGCAAUAGGAAUAACCGUCUUAGAUGUUAUUGAGAAAGAAAGGCUUCAAGCCCAUGCUCUCCAAGUGGGCAGCUUCCUCAUGGAAUUACUCAAUCAGCAAAAAGUAAAACAUCCUCUCAUUGGUGAUAUCAGAGGUGUUGGCUUAUUUAUUGGAGUAGAUUUGGUACAGAAUCAAGAGAAAAGAUCACCUGCUACCACAGAAGCGGAAUUCAUCAUAACAAGACUGAAGGAAGAAUUAAUUAUGCUGAGUACAGAUGGCCCUGGCAGAAAUGUACUGAAAUUUAAACCACCACUUUGUUUCAAUGCAAGAGAUGCAAAGCUAGUUGUAGAAAAACUUGAUCAGAUACUAUCAGAUUUAGAGAAAAGAAGCGCCUAAAGAAGUUCAUUUGAAGUAGUUCAAAGGAUGAACUUUCAGGUCACAAGCAUGGUGCUGAAUUCUUUUCUGCGAUACUUCAUUUUAAGGGCCCAUACUCUGUAACUAUUCAAUCCAUUACAUUUUUGUUAUAAUACAGAUGGGUAUGAAAGUAUGCAACCCUGUUCUACAAAUGCAAUGCUUCAGUGAGUGGUGAAAGCAAACAUAUCCAGAAAGUAUAAGUUGCUACAUUAGUACUUUGCUGUUACAGAGCCUAAAAAUUACUUCUAUUUUCCCCUUUAUUACAGAAUUUAGCAUCCUUCAGUGUUAUAUGCAUGUUUUCUUCCAUUCUAAGUCGUUUAGCAAUGAGAUUUUAAAAAACUAUUUAACAUCUACAUGUCAGCAUCUGAAAUAUACAGCAACUUACAGAAUCUUAUACAUUGUAAAGCAUAGCACCUCUGAUAUUGCCAAAAGAAAAUGAAGCUUGUGCUACCACUGAAAGACCAGAUCUACCUUUUACAGUGUUCCCUCACUUAUUGCUGGAGUUAAGUUCCAGGACCACCCAUAAUAAGUGAAAAUCCGCGAAGUACGGACGCUAUAUUUAUUGUUAUAUUUAUACAUUAUUUUAACAGUUAUACACUAUUUUAAAGUCUUUAUCAACCAAUUGUGUGUUGAUAAAUCACCUCCUCCUCCCAUUGCCACUUGGGCUCCUUUUCUCUCCCUUUGGCUUCUCCUUCCUCCCUUCCUUAAGCUGUAAAUUGUAAUUUUUUAAUUAUUUAUAAGUCUUUUAGAGUUUAUUGAAAAACCGCGAAACAGCGAAUCCAUGAAAAGUGAACCGCGAAGUGAGGGAACACUGUAAUUCUAAAUUGUACAAAUACCAGCUUUCCUUCCCCUCAGAAGUACUUGAAAAAUGUUAGCCUCGCAAAGGGUAGCAUUACUUGAAAUUGUCUUGUAGGGCUUGGGAAGAAAGAUUUCCCAUGAUUGUCCCCACCCCAGCAGCUCAGGACACUUUUAUCUCAAUGUGGUAUUAGACAUUGACUGGUUGUAAUUAACUAAAAAUGUAUUAAUCUAUUAAAAAAUAAGCCCACUGAUAUCCAUGCCAAAAGUUUAUCAAGGUUCUACUGCCUUUUGAGUAAGGCUGGAGCCAGAUCAGUAUGCACACACUUUAAUUAUAACAGAUUCAGGAUCAAAAGGAGAUAUAAAUGCCUACUGGUAGCAGGCAUGGUAUUCAUCCAAAGUUUCAUUAAUUGGUGGGUGCUAUAAGAAGUCCACCUUUCAAAAUGAAAAACCUGCACCUGCAUUGUUGCAAAAAUUAACUUAUUUGUAUAUUUUCUCUAGUCAGGUAAUUUUGUCUUGCCUUUGUAUAACAGGAAGAUUAUAUGGUGUAUCCUAGUACUACCCAAAUUUAGUUUUAGGGUUUAUUUUAUAUACGAUUGUAGUUCUGUAUUUUCCUGCCAUACUUGCACAAAUAUAUUGGGGACAUUAUUUAGUUAUUCUUUUUAAAAUUGUUUUAAUUUGCAUAAAAGUCAUUCCUCGGAUAUAACGUAAAGCAAGUCGUUUAUUUUUCUAAAGGCUAGAAUGUGUUUAUAUGUAUGGAUGUAAAACAGUACUGUUGUAAAAGUGAGUGAUAACGAACCUGCCUGACAUUUCAUUGCACGUGAUAAAACCAAGCCUUCAAAAGAGAAAAAAAAGUUAGUAUCAACAGGAAUAGCAACUGAGACAUCAUUAUUGUUGUUCUUUGCAGGGACUUUACAAAUUAACUCAGAAAAACUAGUUUUUAUUUUCAAGGCCUGUUCACUGCAACAGCUACCAUACUUUGACAGGCAUACCAUACAAUAAAAUGGUCAGAAAGCAAGUAAGUGGAGCCAAAUUGCAUGCACUAGCUGUGCACUGAAAUAGUUCUAAUUUAGGCCCAUAACCUGAAAUAGUACAGAAUGAAAAUAAAACCCUGCAUGUAGGGCAUGACGUGGUUAGCCACCUACCCUCUGAAAUAAGAUAGCUCUUCCCUACAACACAUACCUUAACUAUGACUAGCAUAUACUUUUAACUACAAUCAGUAUUAACCAGAAGUUGAAUCAUGUGUUAGAAGUAAGUUAGCAUUAGAUAUAGUGAGGGCAAGAAUGUAUACACCCAAUGGAGAUUCAUGCAAGCACAUGUCCAGGUCAGUUCCCUCACUAUGGUUACAGGGCAAACUCCAUUUGCCACAUGCAGCAGUCCCACAACAGAUACAAUAUUUGUUUGCAUUCAACAUGGCAUAUAAAUGUUCUUACAGCAGCUGGGCAUACACAGUAAACAAGGAUUUUUAAAAAAUCCCCCCUCCUUUUGAAGCUAAAACUGCUAGCUAACUAUGUUUUUCUUUUAAAAUUUUUAAAAGCAUGACUACAAAAAAGUUCAGAAUGAUUAACUGCUUUAGACAGUAACAAAAAUAUUACUGAAAUUCAACUUUUUAGUUGCUUUAAUAUUAUCUUACUGUUAUUAGCAAAUGAUCGUUUUAGGCAACAGUAAAAUACAUAACAGCACAAAGUCAGUUUGGUUGUUAGUGUUAAUUAUGACCAGAAAAUUACUUAACUGAACUCAAGCUUGGCAUUGGAUAUUAUAUUAGAGAAUGUACGUAGAGACUGGAAAUUUUAAUGUACAGUACUCAGCAUUUUCCCAGAUUUCUAGUAGCAAUCAACUAGUAUAUAUACAAAUGGAAAAAGAGCAAAUCUGAAUGUAGUAAAACAUGUCUAACAUUGCCUCCUGUGUGUAAAUAGAACCUUAAAUACUACAAUAGCUUCUGUCUAAUUUUUCAUGUCGGUUCCCUCUAGAUUCCUGUAAUUCUAAAUUCUGCACUGAAGCCAAACACUGAAAUACAUGCUUUGGCUAAAAGCUUCAACCUGUGUUUUCCCGCCAGUUUUGUAAGAUUUUGAAUCUUUUUAACAGUUCAGCCAAUCGUUUUUGGUUAAUCAACAAUUGUAAGGUUAGAACACGCAACAAAUGCAAUCCCUAAAUACUAUACACCAGCCAUUGCCAUUUUUGCUACAAUUCUAGGACUUCCCCCCCAAUCUGCAACACAUAGCUGGAAUAAUGGCACAGGAUACUGGAUUAUGCUUUUUUAUUCAAAAGCUAGAAUAGCAUCAAUAUCCAUGUCAUGGUGAAUCAGAACACAUGUAAAAUACCUUACAAUACAUUAGAUUCCAAAAAGGUACCAAAAAGUACAGUAAAAUUAACACUUCCAUUAAAGGAAAUGUAUGACACAAAACCAAUACAAAAUAAAAAGGUGGAAAGUGACACUGGUUCCCUAAAAUGCAUCUUAUUCUGUACAACUGGAAUAACGUAGUUCAUAUUUCACUCUAAGAGGCAAUCCCUAGAUGCAGAGCUGCAGCUUUAAGCAGACUCUUAAAAUCAGUUUCAAUUUAACCUAUCAAUAAAAUCAUUAAUCUUCAGCAAGGCUGAAAUUUACACACCACACUUUCUAGACAUCUAUUAUCUGCAAAUAUUAAACAAAGACAUUUCCAGAGAGCUCUUCCGAUACACAUAACAGGCCAUAGAAAUGUAUUGUAAAGUUAAUUUUGGUACAUAAUUGUAAUGUCCAUCUACAGCAUUGAGUACAAAACCUAUGCAGUGGUUUCCUCCCUUAGAGCACACCACUGCAUACCUGAAUACCUUUGAUCAAUAUGGCUUGUAGUUAUUCUGAUGACCGCGUCUUGGAGCCUUCCCAUAAUUUGAACCACCUUGACCUAUGAAUAAGAGAUCAAAUGCAUUAAACUGCUAUUUAGUAAUGCUUGCAUAUACCCAAUACAGUUCUCUUUACUUACUGUAAUCACUGCCCGGUCCAUAUCCAAAAUACCCAUAUCCUGAAUAAUCAUAGCCUCCAUAGCCACCAUAACCUUGCUGAUAGCCGUAUCCUUGACUCCCAUAACCCUGGUUCCAGUAAUUGUCAUAACCUUGAUUCCAAUUUUGACUUUGAGCUAUAGAAAGGAAAACCAUCCACAAAAUCCCAUUUUAGUAUAGAAGUAUGUUUUAGAAUGUAUCCAUUCUAAAAUAGUGCGUGAAAUACGUACCUCUUCUUCCACCUCUUCCUCGGCCACCCCCAGAACCAAACUGUUGUUGCUGAUAUACUUCUUUUGGCUGUGCUACCUUUAUCUCACACUGAAAAGACAAUAUUGUAUAUUAAGAACAACAAACAGGAGACAUUUCCAAUACUACAGCAAUGGUUCAAUUAGAUAACCUAAUACAGUAGAGUCUCACUUAUCCAACAUUCUGGAUUAUCCAACGCAUUUUUGUAGUCAAUGUUUUCAAUGCAUUGUGAUAUUUUGGUGCUAAAUUCAUAAAUACAGUCAUUACUACAUAGCAUUAAUGUAUAAUGAACUACUUUUUCUGUCAAAUUUGUUGUAUAACAUGAUGUUUUGGUGCUUAAUUUGUAAAAUCAUAACCUAUUUUGAUGUUUAAUAGGCUUUUUCUUAAUCUCUCCUUAUUAUCCAACAUAUUCGCUUAUCCAACGUUCUGCCGGCCCGUUUAUGUUGGAUAAGUGAGACUCUACUGAAUCAUUUAAAUUACAAGUGCACACAUUCAGCAAAUAACAAAAGCUGCAUGUAGAGAUAUUUUAAUUAGAAUUUCGAUUUGCCCCACAACAUUAGCAAGGUAUCAGGAGCUUAGAAAAAAAGGGGUCACCAAUGUGUGUUUUAAAAAGAAUGUGUUCACUAGAAUUAAUGCCAGCCAUAAGUGAUGUAUCUCUACUCGCUUGCAUUGGGUCCAGGGUCUCUGUGUAUGUGUCCCUUCAAGUUGCCAGUUGACUUAUGAUAACCCUGUGAAUUUCCCAGAUUUUCUUAGACAAAAAAUACUCAGAAGUGGAUUUUCCCAAUUCCUUUGUCUGAAAUACAGCAACAGUGCCUAGUAUUACUUGGCAAUUUCCCACGCAAGUACUGACUAGAGCUGAUACUACUUAGCUUACAAUGUCUACAAGAUAUUGGCUGCCAGUCUGUGGAAAUUUCCCAGGGAAAAAAACAUUGUAGUCAAUGGGCAUAAAUAUACCAGUCCCCCACAUCAAAUAUUUUAAGAAGCAUCAAACGUAUCUAAAAAUCAUGAAUCUAGAAUCAACUUCCAAUAAAUCAUACUAGAGGACCCAGAAAUUCCUAGAGAAGUUCUAUGAAUCUCUACAUUCUCUAGUGUAACUACUGUAUAUGAUCCAUUUCUAGUGAAAGAUGACCAUGGAGUUGAAAUAGUGGACCUAGAGAUUCCUCAAUAAAAUAUCAAUCAAAUAAAAAAAGCCAAAUCUGCCAACGUGGUGGAACAACUGUACCUUACUCAGACCUAUAUAAAAUUAUUUUUGCCACAGAAUCAACUGGUUUCUAUGCAAAGUAAUUAGGAUUGCUAUACUUAUUUACUUCAAACCAUGAAAGUUUAUUGAACAUAGGCUUAAUAUGUAAAGUUAGGGUUCUUACUUAAAAUCUUUGGAUAUAUACUGAAAACUUGGGUGGAGGAAUCUACAGCUAGUCACUAGGUUCUACGCUGUGUGUGGGCUAUAUGACUAUAUUUUGCAAUCAGUCAUGUUUUUGGUGUUUUGCAAAAUAACAAUCACCUUGUUUGUCACUCAACUUUGCACAUAUCUGCAGACACUGCCACAAAUCAGUAUAGGAAUCCUAUUACUCAUGAGCCAUAAAGAAAGUGAGAAAAAGUAGCUCCUGUCCUGUACCAGUAGGUUCCUUCUUCCCUCUACACUCAAAUCAAUCCCAACAUGUAUUCAUUGUCAUAGCAAAGGUUCAUCAAUAGCCAUGUUAAUUAACCAUGAGUGUCACCAUAACAUACUUGACAUAUAAUCUUUUUUAAUGUCCUAUAUCAACUAUUCAGAUUAUCCCAAUUGAAAUAAAAUUAUGCAAACGGUUGAAAUGAGAUGUGAAAUCUAAUGCAAUUGUCACUCUAGGCAAAGGGUGUGUUUUUCUCUGAACAAAUGAAUAAAGGCUAUAAAUGGGGUACAUUGUCAUAUAAAGAAAAGUAGCCUAGAUCCACUUGUAAAUCUCAACUAGAGUAAACACACUUGAACUACUGAGGCUCAGUGCUAUAGAAUCCUAAGGGUUGUAGCUUUACAGGGUCUGUAGUCUUCCCUGUUAAAAAGUGCAGGUACUUCACCAAAUUACAAAUCCCAAAACUCCAUAGCAUGGAGGCAUGGCAGUUCAAGUGUUGUCAAAUGCAUUCAUCCUACUGUGUAAAAUCAAUGCAUCCUUAGUCGAUGGAAACUUAAUAAAUCAACACAAGUUUCACUAACACUACAGGCCUAUUGUAACUGGAACUAAACAUGAUCCUGACUAAGAAUAAAAAUUGUAUAACUAUGUCAACUCCUAAAAAUGUAUUGUUGUAUAUUGGCAUCGAAUUCUGCCAGUUUUGCAAGCCGUCCUGAGUCCCUUUGGGUGAGAAGGGCGGGAUAGAAAUGAUUGAAAUAAAUAAAUAAUAAAAAUUUAAAUAUUAAAAUUAA